AUGCACGAAGCACCCAUGAUACCCAAGCCUCCCUCCAAGAGACUGUCAAACAAGCCUAUGCCAAACACAAGUGUCUUCUGCCAUUUUCAUCAAUUCAGUGGCCACGAUACCAAAUCUUGUGUUGCAUUACACAACAUCAUUGAAGGACUUAUUCAUGAGGAGAAGCUGGAUAAAUAUGUGCAUAACCUCCCACCCUCACCUAACCCUCACCAAAGGCAGAUCAACAUGAUCUCCACCAUCAGCGGUAGUCCCACGUUGGCCGAAACCUCCAACAACUCCAUCAAACACUAUGUCCGUUCUUCCUAUGCGUACCAGGUCUUCAGCACUAAGAAAGGACGCCUGCCUAAGAUGCCAAAAUUAGGCUGGGCCCCCAUCACCUUCUAUGAAGAGGAAGAAUGUGGUGUCAUUCUCCCACAUGACGACCCACUCAUUAUCCGCGCAGACAUUUCUAACUUUGAUGUUGGACGUAUUCUGGUAUACACUAGCAGCUCGGUUAGUGUGAUGUUUGUUGAUGUUUUUAAUGAGCUCCAAGUCCCUGCUCACUUGCUAGACUGA